AUGGUAGGAUUACAUUUUGAUCGAGGCCCAGUUAAACACGUAGAUAUUGGUUGGAGAGUCCCUAACCUAUUAAGAGAAUUGUUAGAUGGCAUAGGGAAGGAAUAUUCGCUACAGAAAUGCAUACCAAUAACUGUAUUGGAAAAAGUGUUGUGGAAGUAUCAAUCCAUUGAUAAUGUUGCUGCGCUAUCUGGGAAAGAAUAUUCUAGAGUACAACUGUGUGGUCCUAAAUGUGCUUUCCGAAUCCUUUGCAAUAUACCCAGUGAUCAAUUGGUAAUACCUGAUAUUGAAAAAUAUAAUGAGUUCAAUGUAAACAAGACGUUAUACGAAGGUUUUCUAUUAGCUCUAGACACAAUCCAACAUACAUUUAAUUCUCAAUUAUUUAAUGAUUCCCCACCACAUGAACUGAAUUCCAAGGCAGAAUCUUCAGUGUCUCAUACUGCUGAAGAUUACUUUGAUAGCUACAUAUCGAAUUUCAGCAGAAUUUCUGAAACUAAUCUUGAAAAACUCCAUUCAAGAAGGGAGUUGAAAAACAUCGAAUGUGAUGCAAAGAAAAGUCUGAAAAUAUUAAAUGCUUAUGAUAAACUAUAUGAUGACCAAUUGGAUGAAUUAGAAAAAAAGUUGGAAGAUAUACAAUACAAGCAACAUGCUUUGCGUCAGAAAAAGGGAACUAUACUGUCAACUAGCGAAAAAUUGAAUAAUAUGAUUUAUAUCUCAAAACAAAGUCGUAAAAAUAUAGAAGAAGUUUCACUAUUACUAAAAUAUGAUAUGAAUAAAAAAAGCUCAUCCGUUUAUUCUGGAUGGGAAACCACAAAUCUUCUGUCAAAAUCAGAAUUAGCUUUUGGGUUCAACGAAAACAAUAAUAACUAUAAUGACGACAGUCUAGGUGAGGAGGACGCUAAUGAUGAAUCUGAAAAUUACGACACAUUUAAUUUAGAAGGAAAAAACUCUCGUUAUUCUGGUUCCAGUGUUGACUACAUAAGUGAGGAUACAAGACAACAAAAAGCAAAAAAUAAACACGAAAUAGGUACUGUUUUAUCAGCUUUAAAAAAUGCACAUGAAAAUAAUAUAACAUGCUUAGAUUUUGAUGAACCAUUUGGAACAUUAUAUUCUGCUGGUCAGCUAGAUAAUACCAUUAAAGUAUGGGAUUUAUCAUCAUCUAAGUUUAUCGGAAGUUUUAAUGCACAUCUCUCUACGAUUAACUGUAUGCAACUUGAUACACAGCAACAGAUCAUUAUAUCUGGUGGGAGAGAUAGUUUGGUUCGACUUUGGGAUAUAAAAAAGUUUCAGGACUAUUCUACAAAUUAUAAUGAUAUAGAGAAUUACUAUGAAGAAACUAACUGUAUCUUCGAAUGUGAUUCUCACUCCGAUGAAAUUUCCUCAAUCUCCUACGAUAAUUUUAAUUUGUUAACAGGAUCCCAAGAUAAGACUAUUAAACAUUGGGAUUUAAUAACAGGAAAAUGUGUCCAGACAUUUGAUGUUUCAUUUUACUUAAAUAACAGCCCACCAUUCGAGAAUAAAUUCUCACCAACUAAAAAAAACUAUUUCGCUCAUUCAGAAGCUCCAACUAUUGGUAGCCUUCAGUGUUUCGAAUCAGCUUUAGCAUCAGGAACCAAAGAUGGGCUAAUAAGGCUUUGGGAUUUGAGAUCAGGCAAAGUGAUUCGUAUUCUAGAAGGACAUACAGAUGCAAUAACCUCAUUGAAAUUUGAUAUGACCAAUUUGAUUACAGGUUCUCUUGAUAAAAAUAUACGAAUAUGGGAUAUGAGGAAUUGGUCAUUAGUUAACUCAUAUGGAUAUCAGUCACCUGUCUGGUCUUUAGAUUUCAAUUCAGCCAAUGUCGUUAGUGCAACAGGAGGUAAAACUUCUGAAAUUUUCAGACGGAAGGAAAACAAUCAUUGCAUUCCAAAUGAAAAUUAUUCAUUUAUAAAGUCAGAGGUACAAUUCGUAAAGUAUAAGGAAGAUUGGCUGAUAGAAGGAAGAAGUAAUGGUGAUAUAGAAAUAUUAACAAUUUAA